AUGAGUUGGAAAGCAGUGGGAGACGAGCAGCAGCGCGGCAAGCGGCUUUUCAAAACACAGCAACACGCGUCGACUGGCACGACGUCCACGACGGCCAACCAAUUCAAUAAUACGAUCGUAAUAGGCCGUGGUACUCCUUCGCGGGGACGGGCUACCCCUGCAGGAGGUAGAGGGCGUCCACCCCCAUCCACAGCCGACGCAAACAAGGGGAAACGCGAGGCAAUUCUCGAUCUCUCAAAAUAUGUGAACGAAAGAAUAAGAGUCAAGUUCACAGGCGGAAGAGAAGUCACCGGGAUUUUAAAGGGGUACGAUCAAUUAUUAAACCUGGUCCUCGACGAGGUCGAGGAGGAAAUAAACGAACCUGACCCCCACACACGUGCCCUGGGCUUGGCCGUCCUUCGUGGACCCACCAUUACUCUCCUCAGUCCUGUCGACGGCACAGAGGAGAUAGCUAACCCCUUCGUCGCCCAGGAGUAG